AUGUACAGCGAGCCCCCCGCCGGCUCGACAGCGGCCGAUCCGCAGGGCCUGAUGAGUGCGGAGGCCUCUCCUUACCCGCCUGUGCCUACGUCUGCUGCACAUCUAGCAGACCAGGUAGAGAGCGGCGGAGCUCGCUUAGAAGAAGUGCUGCUGCGCAUGAACUGCAAAUAUCAAACCCUCUUCUUCAGUGCUGCUGCUACAGUGCUUACAGGAGGCAUCUUCGGGUGUCUCUCCAGCUUAGCGAGAUUUGAUCUCGCCUCCCUCGUUGUCUGCAUCUUCCUGGUGUAUGUAUAA